CUCCCAUCACCACCACCACCACCAGCACCACCACCGUUCCCUAUCGACCGCUUGCGACCUCAUCCCCUCACUCCUUCAUUCUCUCGCCACUGCUUACGGCUGACACACUCUUUUAGUCCCCACCACAUUCUUUUGAACGUUUCGAUUCUUCUUUGCCCGGCUGGGCCUUCUCAAAAGUAGUAGCUGCCUUAUCGAUACGCUCCUUGGACUUCCGCUGCUCCUUGUUCACUAUGGAGGUGCGAACCAUGCCUUCUCGCAGGGCGGCAACGACGCCGCUGGACGUGGGCAUCUCUGGUGGUGCUUCGGCGUGCUCGACGAUGGAGAUCUCCUGGGACGCUUCGCAAGGCAAAGGUCCGUGGACACUCACAGUGGCGGCCAUCAACCACGCACCUAUCACGCUGUCGAUGCAAGACGUACCAUCAUCGAAGGAUUUCUCAUACAACUGGUCCGUACCCCUCUUCUCGUCAAAGGAUACCACCCAAGCGCUCGUCGCCGUUGCAGACUCGUCGGGAAACAGUGCUGGUGUCUCUUCACUCCAGACCAUCGCACCGCCUGUGGGAGGCGCGACGUGCGGUGCCUCCACUGAAGAUCUCGACUUUGUCUGGUAUCCGACCCCUGACAAUCCCACGGAAUGCGCCGACUGGAAGAUCAACUGGCAGACGGACAAGACGAACGCGGGCGUCAGCGGCACGGUAUCCUUCUCUUUCCUCCCUGAGAAGGGCACUCCUCUGACCGUCUCCGGUGGAUCAUCCAAAGCGACAGGAGCGCUUCAAUUCCAGGUGCCGUUUGAUGCCAAUACAAAGAUAGCUGUCAUUGCAAACGACGGAGGCAAGUACGGUACGGGCGGCGUCGGGAGCCUCUACACCGUUGGCACUGGCAAGGGCAGUUGCAAGACGCCCAGCGGCAUCGGCAAUGGCUUGCCUUCGGGAGGCUCUGUCGUGCAUGCGUCGGUGUCGAGCAGCGCCGCAGCUGCUUCUUCGACGGCUGCUGGUGCGUCCAGUGCUUCCAAGAGCACAGCUACGAACGAUGGCACCACCAAGGCCGGCAGCGCCUCAUCUUCCGGCAGCAGCGACGACCACAGCGGCCACGGAGGCACUGCUGCUGGCGCUGCCGUUGGAUCUAUUGCAGCGAUCAUCAUCCUCGUCGCCCUCAUCUUCUGGUGGAUCAGGCGCAGGCGACGCAUGCAAGACGACAGCUUCUAUGGUGGUGCCUACGGCUCGCACGAGAAGUCGGCGGCAGCCGUCUCGCCUUGGCGCUGGUCCGUCUCUCCGCACGCACAAGGCGUUGCGACCGGAAAGACCCAGCGAACAGUCAGCGGCUGGUUCCGUCAGACGUUUGAGCGGCCUGGCAACGACGGCAAUGUGCAGGCAAGGAGUAUGAACAUGGCAGAUGCGGCUUCGACCCCUGCCUUCCGUGGAGGCUUUGGCCAUCAAGCCACGGAAUCGUACUCCUCUUCCUCUCAGCUUCAUCAAAAUCAACAACAGAUCCAUCAGCGCAAUGCCUCUAUUACGGCGGCCUCUGGUCUUGCAUCCUCGGAUGGAUACCUUCCUGGAGCUCCCGGAGACGACUUCUCCGUGAGCUCUCCCUAUACCAGCGUCGGCAUGAGCCAGAACGCGCUCAGGUCGUCCUCGCGCACACUGCAGAGCAACACUACAGCGCCUACAUCUGCUUUCGCUCCGUCAACACCGAGGAAGCUGACCACCGAACCCUGGUCGACGGAGGAUGAUGCCAACGCAAGGCGAGGCACAAGGACAAUGUCGAAGAUCAAUUCGGUCCAGACCGUGGUUCCCGAUGACAGUCUCUUUCCUCCUCCGCGACCAGCUUUGGGCCAGAGAACAAAGAGCAGCGAGAGCGCGCGAGGCAGCUUCAACGAUGGCUCCAGCGUGGCCGGCACGAGUGAUGACGCCAGGAGCGUUUCGUCGCGAAGACGCGUCGUGCCUGACAGCCAUCUCUUCCCGCCUCCGAGGCCUGAAAAGGCAGCCACAGGUUCGGGCAAUGUGCGCAAGGUCCUCACGCCCGUCUCGGAACGUUCGAUGGGCACUCCAGUCGAUGGAUAUGGUGCUGGAGUCGGAUCGUAUGCGGGCCUGAAUCGCCAUCAGCAAGGAGGCCAGGCGUCGCCAGAGAGUUCCAGAUCGCCAUUUGCCGAUCCUUCUACGUCAACCACUCCGCGAUCGCCCCAGUCGGAAGUGUCGAUGCUUCCCAGUCCGGGAGCGCCGCAACACCCCACCUCGGAGGUCAUGAUGGGUGGUCCAGCACCCAUUGGCCCGCCCUCGGGGACCAACUAUAUUCCGCCCAUCGGGCCCAACAACACGAGCGUCUUUGAUCCUUAUGCACACAUGUCGAGCUACUGGCAGGACAAGGACGACAUGCAGCGCAAGAUUCGCGAGGCUGGCAGCCCCGCCGCUCUUCAGCGGCAGCAACAGCAACAGCAAUCCGCUCCUGCACACAAUCCUCUGCAGGCCCCCCUGGCAGCUGCCUCGACAUCGAAGACCGCCACUGAGCGCAACAAUGGCGUUCUGGCAGGGCUGCAGCGAACUCUGCAGGCAGAGCGAGCUGGCAGCAACCGCACUUCGGACCUCAGCGGCAUCAGCGGCGAUGAAGGCGGCCUCCCUUACCUCUGAUCAGGCGUGGGCCGUCGUUCGACGAAUACCCUCUUUGUAUCACAUCUCUUCUCGUUUUUCGCUAUGAACCUUGGUUGUGUCCGCAUCCAUGUCACCGGUCUGCAUCAUCAAACCUUGUCAUUUCCACACACAUCUCUCUCUCCUUGGUCGCUGCUCUUCGACUUCCCCACUCUUUUUCAGUAGUAGUGCGCAAUGCUCAAUCGCAUGC